AUUUUGGUCGCAAAACUAGUUGGUCACACUGCAUGUUACAUCAUGUGCUACCAAAAUAACUAAAUUUUAUUAUAAAUUUGCCGCAAUCAAAGCUUUUCUAGCGCCCCUGCAACUGGACUCCAUCGGCCCAAGCGGUGGCAAUGUAACGUGCAUUCAAAGGCUGAGCAACGCUAUCCAAGCAUCUACACCUGAGCCGGGCGAGCCGACGACAUAAACCGAGCAACCGAAACACGCAGGCAGCGCAGGAAUAAAUAUAAAUAAGAAAUCUACAUAGCUAAAUAAAACAAUACGCGCGAUGAGCGAGAGCAGUAACAAUCAGUUUUGUGACGUUGAUUUUUGAGCAAGCCCCCACAAAAAAAAAUAUAUAUAUAAAAAAAAGUCCGAGCACAGCCAGAAAGAAGCAGGAGCACACACCGUACUAUAUUUCAUCCAUUUUGAGUUCCGUGCGGUCAGCAAUUUUUUUUGUUACUCCGGGCCGAGCGUUCCUUGGUGUUCCUUGGAGUUCCAGGAGCGGGAGCGGGUGCUGGAGGAUUCCCAGCGAAAUUGUGUCCAUUGGCUGCAUACCUUUUGUUUUGUAUCGCAAUUCUCUUCUACUCUCAAAUCCAAACAACGCAAUCGUCUCCCCAAUUUGGACAUCGAAAUGGCGGCAUACUUGAACCGCACCAUCUCGCUGGUUACCGGGCAAACGGGCCCCGCCGCCGAUGAUGAUGACCGUCACUCCUCAUCCACGGACACAUCGCUGACAACGACGGGCUCAACGACGCCGGCUGCUAAUUUUCUGCCGGAAACGCGGCUCUAUCAAUCCAAUGACAAAUCACCCCUUCAGAUCUUUGUGCGGGCCAAGAAGAAGAUCAAUGAUAUAUACGGCGAGAUUGAGGAGUAUGUCCUGGAGACUACCACAUUUAUCAACGCAUUGCAUGCGGAGGCGGAGAUUGUGGACAAGGCGGAGCGGGAACUGUUUGAGAGCUAUGUGUACAAGGUGGCCGCUAUCCGGGAAGUCCUGCAGCGGGAUCACAUGAAGGUGGCCUUCUUUGGGCGCACCUCCAACGGCAAGAGCUCGGUGAUUAAUGCCAUGCUGCGCGAGAAGAUCCUGCCCAGCGGCAUUGGACACACAACAAAUUGCUUUUGCCAGGUGGAGGGCAGCAACGGUGGCGAGGCCUAUCUCAUGAAGGAGGGAUCCGAUGAGAAGCUCAAUGUGGUGAAUAUCAAACAAUUGGCGAAUGCCCUUUGCCAGGAGAAGCUAUGCGAGAGCAGCUUAGUUCGCAUCUUUUGGCCCCGGGAACGCUGCAGUCUGCUGCGCGAUGAUGUCGUCUUUGUGGACUCACCUGGCGUGGAUGUGUCCGCCAAUUUGGACGAUUGGAUUGAUAAUCAUUGCCUGAACGCCGACGUCUUUGUCCUGGUCCUAAAUGCUGAAUCCACAAUGACGCGAGCGGAAAAGCAAUUCUUUCACACCGUCUCUCAGAAGCUGAGCAAACCGAAUAUAUUCAUUUUGAACAAUCGCUGGGAUGCAUCGGCCAAUGAGCCAGAGUGCCAAGAGUCGGAACUGGCUAAGGUCAAGUCCCAGCACACCGAACGCUGCAUCGACUUCCUCACCAAGGAGCUGAAGGUGAGCAACGAAAAGGAGGCAACCGAACGCGUAUUCUUUGUUUCGGCCCGCGAAACACUGCAGGCACGGAUUGAGGAGGCCAAGGGCAAUCCGCCGCAUAUGGGCGCCAUUGCCGAGGGCUUCCAGAUGCGCUACUUUGAGUUCCAGGACUUUGAGCGCAAGUUCGAGGAGUGCAUCUCCCAGAGUGCCGUCAAGACCAAGUUCCAGCAGCACAGUUCGCGCGGCAAGAGCGUGUCGGGCGAUAUGCGCUCCAUGCUGGAUAAUAUCUACGAAAGGAUCACGAUAUUCCGAAAUUUGAAGCAGGACCAGAAGAACAUGCUCACGGAACGUAUCCAGGGCACAGAGACCCAAAUGAUGCAGGUCACCCGCGAAAUGAAGAUGAAGAUCCACAAUAUGGUCGAGGAGGUGGAGGAGAAGGUGUCGAAGGCCCUCAACGAGGAGAUCUGGCGACUGGGCGUCCUCAUCGAUGAGUUCAACAUGCCCUUCCAUCCAGAACGCCUGGUGCUCAACAUCUAUAAGAAGGAAUUGAAUGCUCAUGUGGAGAGCGGACUGGGCAGCAACUUGCGUGCCCGCCUUUCCAUGGCCCUGGCCAUGAACGUGGAGUCGGCCCAAACGGAGAUGACCGACCGGAUGCACGCCCUGGUGCCCAACGAACAGCUGCUGGCCACCAGCACCAAAAUGGUGGUCCGCACACAGCCCUUCGAGAUGCUCUACUCGCUGAACUGUCAGAAUCUGUGCGCCGACUUUCAGGAGGAUCUCGAGUUCAAGUUCAGUUGGGGCAUCGCGGCCAUGAUUCACCGCUUCACCGGCAAGGUGCGCGAGCGCAGCAAGAAGAACCAGCCGGCGCUGGUGAAUCGUCAGAGCAGUAUUGGGCACAGCGUCGUGACGCCCGCCAGCACGCCUGUGGAGGCGACAACCCCUGUGUGCCUCCUUCCCGGGCCAAGUGUGGCUGGAAUUACGCCCGAGCAGCUAUCGGUGAUCUCCCGGUUUGCCAUGACCUCCAUCGGAUCGCAGGGCACAGUGGGCGGCCUUGUGGUUGCUGGCAUUAUGCUGAAAACUAUUGGUUGGCGUGUCCUGGUCGGUGUCGGCGCCCUCUACGGCUGCAUCUAUCUGUACGAACGGCUCUCGUGGACGAACUCGGCCAAGGAGCGGACCUUCAAGAGCCAAUAUGUGCGGCAUGCCACCAAGAAGCUCAAGAUGAUCGUGGACCUUACAUCCGCAAAUUGCAGUCAUCAAGUGCAGCAGGAACUGUCGAGCACCUUUGCCCGCUUGUGCCGCACCGUUGACACCGCCACCACGGACAUGAACGAGGAGCUGAAGACCCUGGAGUCGCAGCUUAAUGUCCUCGAGGGCAAUCAGAAGCAGCUGAAGCUGCUGCGCAACAAGGCUAACUACAUACAGAACGAGCUGGACAUUUUCGAGCACAAUUAUAUCUCGCCGCAGUAAGAAUGGAUCCUAGAUGGAGUUUAUAGAGGCGGAAAGUAUGUGGUUGGGUGGUGGGAUCCUCUGAUCUGAAGGGAAAAGCCACAAACCUCUUACGGCAACGACAACAAUUAACUCUUUUUUUUCGCACUAUUUUGUUUUUUUCCUCUCUUUUUGUAUAAAAGCAUGAUUUGACCAAUCAAGUUGUACAAUUUUAAUUUUUUUUAUAGAACAAAUUGUGAGAUUUACACAUAAUUCUAGAGUGGCAAUUAUUGUAUUUUUUUUAAUCUCUGGAGUUGUUGUUGUUGUAAUAUAUAUAUAUAUACCAAUAACCACUCACUGUGGCCAUGGAAAUGCUAAUUGAAGUGGACUAUAAAGUCACCAUAUGCCCCCUCCUCAUAUAACGCAAAUGCAACUUGAUUUACCUUCUAAUAGAAAGUUCUUGUAAUUAUACAAACAUUUUGUUUUUCUCCCAAUCGGAUAUUAGAAUAAUUGAAUGACGAAAGCGUAUACUUGCAUCAUCACUACGAUGGGGGUGUGUGUUAAUUGUUAAUGGAUGAUUCAUGAACGAAAACGAAACAGAAACAAAAUAAAUGAUAUUUAUGUAAGAAA